AUGGACAACACAACAGCUGCAGCAUUCAAAAUGGCUGCAUAUGCUGUCAUGGAAAAGCACAAACAUGGCAUGUUUAGUGUUUUCCUCCUGGUCUACUUUGUUACCAUCAUUUUGAAUUCACUGCUCAUUUCUAUUCUACACCAAAACAAGGAGCUGCAUCAGCCUAUGAAUGUGUUCAUAUGCCUGUUAUCUCUCAAUGAAAUGUACGGCAGCACCGCUUUGUUACCUGCAACUAUGGCUGUGCUCCUAUCUGAGACGCAUGAAGUGCCUGCCAAGUGGUGCAUGGCUCAAGUCUAUUUCCUGCACACAUAUGCGAGCGGGGAGUUUUGUGUUUUAGCGCUUAUGGGAUAUGACAGAUAUGUUGCCAUAUGUUAUCCGCUUCACUACCACAGCAUCAUGUCUAAUUCGAAAAUGUGGAAGCUUCUUGCACUGGUAAUCCUGUACCCACUGAUUAUCUUUGCAUGUUUUUACUCACUAACCUUACAGCUGCGCAUCUGCGGCAAAGUCAUCCCAAAAUUGUACUGUGUGAACAUGGAGCUGGUUAAAAAUUCAUGUUCAAAUGCACCGUACAUAAGUAUUGUGGGGCUAGUGUUCAUUUUUCUCUUAGUUGUGCCCCAGUUAGUGAUGAUUGUUUUCUCUUAUGCACAAAUUUCAAGAGUGUGUAGGAAAUUACAAAAGGAAUCUCAAGCCAAAGCUCUGAAAACAUGCAUCCCACAUUUAUUUUCUUUGAUGAACUACACAAUCGGCUCCUUUUUUGAAAUUGUCCAGACUAGAUUUGAAAUGAGUCAUGUAGCUUUAGAGUUACGGAUCUUUUUGUCUUUAUAUUUUGUCAUAAUCCCUCCAAUUACCAACCCGUUGCUGUACGGACUUGGCACUAAGAUAGUAAGAGUUCAUAUACUGAAACUGUUUAUCAAAUACAAAAUUCUGCCCACAAAAUUAGCAAAAGCACUGACUACAGCUUAG